AUGCAAUCGCUCGGGCGGGGCUGCGUGCGUGAGGGCCCGUGAUCGACUGGAGCCGGGAGCGCACCAGACGGGGCUGCGUUGCGGGACGCCGGUCGCUCGGGCGGGGCUGCGCGGGGCGUCGUCGAUGGCGGCGCGGCGCAAGCCGCCGCGCUUCCGCGCGCGCGAGGCGGACCCGCGCCUCGCCGAGGAGGUCGCGCGGCUCCGCGCCGAGAACGAGCAGCUGCGGCGGCAGCAGGCCUACAGCGACCUGAGCGACGCGGCGUCCUCGUUCAACUCGCGGACGUCGCUGUCACGGAGCUACGACCAGGAGCUCGCGGACCUGCGCGGGUCGAACGAGCGGCUCCUCGCGGAGCAGCGGUCGCUCGCGCGGACGGUGCAGGAGCUCCGGGACGCGGCCGUCGCGACGCCGUCGCCGCCGCGGCGGCGCGACGGCGCCUGGCCGCCGCGGUCGCCGCCGCCGGAUCCCUGGCCCGCGACGUCGCCCGCGUCGCCCCCGGCGUCGCCCGCGGCGCCGGCGUCGCCGUGGGACGGCGCCGGCGCGGCGGCGGGCGCCUGGGCGCGCGCGGCGUCCCCCGCCGCCGACGACGACCCGCUACUGGCCCUCGUGCCGCGCCUGAUCCGCGAGGGCGGCUACCUCUGGAAGGUGCCGGCGCACCACGUCGCGACGGCCGCGCGGCGGCGCUGGUUCCGCGUGGCGCGCGCGCGCCGGGGCGACGUCGCGCUGACGUGGUGCGACCCGCGCGCGCUGCGGCGGGCGCAGCAGGGCGGCGGCCCCUUCGCGCCGCCGGCGCCGCGCGUGCGCGAGUUCGCGCUGGCGGACGCGCGCGAGCUCCGGCCGGGCCACCAGACGUCGGCGUGGUGGAGCCAGGCGGCCGCGCGCGCGGCGCUGCCCGUCGAGGACCUGUGCUGGUCGCUCGUGGCGGGCGACGGCCGGACGCUCGACCUCGCGGCGGAGACGGUCCAGGAGGCGCGGCUCUGGAAGGAGGCGCUCGGGGCGCUCCUGCGGGCCCUGGACGGCGGGCGCGCCGCCGCGGCGCCCGCGGCGGCGGCGGCGGCGCCGCCCGCCGUGCCGGCGGUGCUCCCGCUCGAGGCGCGGCGCCUGGCGCGGGCGGUGGGGAGCGGCGACGCGGCCGCGCUGGGCGACGCGCUGCGGACGGUGGCGGACGUCGACGCGUGCCUCGACGAGGCGACGGGCGACACGGCCCUGCUGCUCUGCUGCCGGCGGGGCUUCGCCGCCGGCGCGGAGACGUGCCUCGCGGCCGGCGCGCGCAACGACCCGCACCCGACCUGGGGCGGCACGGCGCUCCAGCUCGCCGUCGCGCACGGCCAGACCGCCGCGGCGCGCGCGCUCCUGGCGGCCGCGGCGGCGUCGGGCGCCGACCGCGCCGUCGCGAACCACGUCGUCGUGUCCGAGGACCGGGGCGGCGCGGACCUGCGCCGGGGCGACGCGCCGCUCCACACGGCCGCGCGCGCCUGCGACGCGGCGACGGCGCAGCUCCUGCUCGAGCACCACGCGGACCCGCUCGCGCGCGACGCCGGCGGCCGGACGGCCGCGCACGUCGCCGUCGCGGCCGGGCGCGACCGGGGCCUCGACGUGCUCGCGCUGCUGCUCGACGCGGGCUUCGCCGGCGCCGUCGACGCGCGCGACGGCUCGGACCGCGGCGAGGCCGUGCUCCACGUCGCGUGCCGGAGCGGCGCGAAGCGCUGCGCGGCGCUCCUGCUGCGGUCGGCCGCCGACGCGCGCGCGCGGGACGGCGCGGGCGCGACGCCGCGCGACGUCGCCGCGCGCGCGGGCUUCGCCGACGUCGCGGACCUCGUGCUCGGCUACGAGGGCGCGGCGGCCGCGGCGGCGGCGCCGCCGCCGCGCGCGGCCGCGCCCCUCGCCGAGGAGCGGCGGCUCGGGCGCGGCGCGACCGUCGUGGCCGCGGCCGAGACGACGCCCGUCAGGCGGGGCUACGCGUCGGACUCGUCGCGCGGGUCGCGCGACGGCGACUGGCCCGCGGCCAUGACGCGCGCCGCGCCGCCGCCGCCGCCGCCGCCGCCGCCCGCGACGUUCCUCUGCGACGGCGACGAGUGGCAGGAGCUCUGGUCCGAGGCCGACCAGUACGCGUACUUCCAGCACGUCGCGACGGGCCACACGCAGUGGGACGACCCGCGCCGCGGCCGGCCGCCGCCGCCGCCCGCGCCGCCGCCGCCGCCGCCGCCGCCGCAGCGCGCGUCGCGGAGCCGGUCCGCGCCCGAGGUCCUCGGGAACGCGCGGCGGCGGCCCGCGCGCGACGCGAGCCCCGGCCGCCGCGCCUUCGCGACGGGCGGGCCGCUCGUGUCGCCCGUCGACGUCGUCGCCGUCGCGCGCGGCGCGGCCGCGGCCGCGGCGGCCGCCCCGGCCCCGUCGUCGACGCGCGCCGCGCCGGCGCCGUCCUGGGACACGGUGUCGACGCUCCGCGCGUCGCCGGCGCCCGACUGGGACGAGCGCUCCGCGUCGACGGCGCGCAGCUGGGGGCCCGAGCCCCCGGCGUCGACGCGUUCCAACUUCUCGGCCCGCACCUUCGAGUCCUCGGCCGCGUCCGACGGCGAGUUCGAGGACGUCGACAUCGCGACCGACGACGGCGGCGGCGGCGGCGGCGACCCCGAGGACGAGGUCGACGAGUUCUUCGAGGAACUCGUGGCGCCCGAGACCGGCGCGGCGGCGCCGCCGGACCUGCCCGCGGAGCUCCGGACCGAGUUCACCUUCGCCCCCGCGGACGAGGGCGCCCCCGCGGACGACCCAGCGGUGCCGCUCGCGGACGACGGCGCGGCGGCGGCCGACCCGGCGGUGCCGGCGCCGGCGCCCGCGGACGAGGCGUCGCCCGGCACGGCGGCGGCAGACGCCGCGACCGACGCGGUCUUCGCGGCCGCCGCCGACGCCCAGCGCCUCGUCGCGGCGGCGGCGGCGCAGGUCCUGCGGACGGAGUCGCCGGCCAAGCCGCGCGCGGGCCGCCCGCCUCGACCGGAGUCGCCGGCGGCCAUCGCGGCGCGCGUCGUGACCGCGAAGCGGUCGCCGGGCGCCGACGACGCCUAUCCGAAGUACUCGGUCAGCGAAAAGACGUAUGAUCUUUGA